UUUUCUUAUGAAAUCAUUAGUCAAAGGCCAUUUGGCUUCUGAUGAAAUAUAUUCUUCAGUUAAAAUCUCGAGCAUUACCACAAGUCAAGACUUUUACAGUAUCUUUUUGGAAAGUAACCAUUAAGGCAUCAUAAAUAUGCCUUGAAAGUAAACAAGAAAUGCCGGAUUAAGUUUGGCUGCUCAAAUAAUAAAAAAAGAGAUAGCUAUAUCUUGCCAGCAUAAAAAUUCAGAAAUAAUCAAUUUGAAAUUUUUCAAAUUCUUAUGAGUCAUUCUCUAAUUAAUUUGUAUUUAUACAGUCGUCUAGCAUUCUGCUUUCUAAAGACUGGGUUCCUAGUAUUUCAUAAAAAAUUUGGAACUAAAGUUCAUGACAGACAAAGAUUACAAGAACUCACUGAUUGAUUUGCUCGCCAGGAUUCCCAACUAUUUUAACCAGAAAAGUAUCACUGAGUCCAUGAGGUUAAUCAAAGUAUUGGAUAAUUUAGGAUUUAACACCUGACAAAGUUCCAGAAAAUUUUCCACAAGGCCAUGAAUACAGCAGAGAGGCAAGCAUAUUUAUUGUAUUUAGAAACCUUUUUUCUUUAAAUAAAAUUGCAACUAGCCAAAUCCUUGAGCUAUGAGUCCACUGCAGCAUCGGUGACUAUGUAGACAAUAUGGAGUAUAGUAACAAAGCCAAGCUAUCGUUUGAUGAACUUAAUAACAUUACAAACGAACUCAAAGCUACCAAAGCAAAGUUCAGUUUGCGAGGACUUCAACUUAAAGAUGAAAUUAAGAAUUAUGCAAGAACCACCUAUAGUCUAAUCAAAAACAUGCUUUAAAUACCAUAUCAAAACCAAAACCUCCCUUC